UCAAGAAAGAAAUCUGUAAAUAAACUUUCUUUUGCAAGGGCAUUAUCGUCCGAAAGUAUGAGCGCCAAUUCAGUUAAACUUAUCAACUGAUAAUCCUGAAGAAACAAGAAAAACAGAGUAAAGAGUCCACGAACAAGAAUCUUGAAUCUUUGAGAAACAAGAACAAAGCUUCAAACUUGAUUAAAAUGUUGAUACCAAUAUCUGAAACGUGUCAAAGGCGCAAUAGAAGCCCAAGAAAAAUCGAUAUUCAAAAGUUUUGUGAUCCUUCAAUAAAACCUACUGGUUUUGGUGCUUGUUUUAGACAUAACAUACACAUAUUCUUGCAAGAACAUGCCGAGCCUGAAGAAAAUGAAGUAGAUGGAAAUCGUGCUUGGUGCACUGUAAUCGGUCUUGCGAGUAACCGUUUUCUUCCGUUCUACAUCAUCGAGGAGAAAUGCGCUCCUUUUGCAGUAUGCGGUCAUUGCAUUUAUGGAGGGUGGAGGGAAAUUUUGAUCUGUAAAUCAAAAUACCAUGUGAUCAUACCAAUGGAUGGAGAGUGGAAUAAUCAACUGAAGGGAGGAGUUUUGGAUGUUCGUACUCAUAUCUUGCAUGGGAUGAUCCACUCCAAUGGAUAUGGUCAUUUAAUCUGCAUCAAUGGCAUUGAAGGUGGAUCCAAAUUCAUUUCCGGCCGAGAAACCAUGGAUCUUUGGGAUCGCUUUUGCAGAAUUUUACGCGCUAGCAAAGUGAGCCUAAAGGAUGUCUCGAAGAAGCGAUCCAUGGAGCUUCGGUUGCUGUAUGCUGUUGCUUUCGGUCACACAUGGUUUGGCAGAUGGGGCUAUGAAUUCUGCUCUGGAAGUCUUGGGGUGACAGCGGCUACUUACAGCCAUGCUGUAGCAACCUUAUCUGGUGUUCUUCUAGAGGAUGCACUAGUCAGUGUAGGGGAAGCUAACAGUCACAAAGUAGUAGCAGAUAUCAUAGGUCACUACAAGAGUCUUAGCAAAAGCAAGCUCACUACGGUAAGGGAUGUCUUGCGGUUCAUCCUAUAUAUCAGUUGUUGUAGAUGCGACACGUUUAAGAGAGUCCAGCCAUCGGAGUACAAGAAGAUCGAAUCUAUAUUGUUGGCAUCUAAAAAUUGGCCAGCAGGAAGAGUGACCACAUGCCUCAAUUCUAUGCUCAAUUUCUUAAAGGCUAAAACAGGAGAAGUUGAAAGACGCGGCUGAAA